AUGGCUUCUCCUGAACAACAAAAGCAAUUGCAGGCUCUCUCAGACGAGUACACUUCUCUGCAAAACGAACUGCAAACCACUGUUGCAGCCAGACAAAAGCUCGAAUCUCAACAACAGGAGAACAAGGGCGUCAAAAGUGAAUUCGCUAACCUCGACGACGAUGCCAAUAUCUACAAGCUUGUUGGCCCUAUCCUACUCAAGCAAGAUGUAUCCGAGGCAAAGAGCACAGUCGAUGGCCGUCUAGAGUUUAUUGACAAGGAAAUCAAUCGCAUCGAGAAGCAAAUCUCUGACAUCCAAGCGAAGAGCGAAGAGAAGAAAAUGGCUGUCUUCCAACUACAGACCGAGAUUCAACAGAGCGGCCAACCAGCUGCAGCAUGA